AUGUGUCUUUCUAUUUUCACUUCAGAAUUAGAUUCAUGCGUAGAUAAUAAUGAGAUUACCGACGAAGAAUUAUCGGACGACGAAGACAAUAUUACGAAAGGUAAAGAUUUUUUUUCUGUGAUCGAUAAUAAUCCAUCUGAAGAAAAUAUAGUGACAAAUGAAUUAGAAAUUGAAAAUGGAGAUAGUUUUGAAUUUAUUCUGGAUAAUACUGAUAUUAAUUUUUCAAAUAUAAUUGAGCCAGUAGAACCUGUAGUGAUAGCUGUGACGACUUCUACUCAAACUGUAAAUCUCCACGAUAUUUCUGGACCUUCUAAUAAUAUCAAAUCUCCCUCUUCAAAAAAGCAUAAAAACACUUCAAAAAAAAAAAAAGUUGAUAUCUCACAAAUUCGCCGUAAAUGGAAAAAAAUAACUGUCAAAACAUUAGAACCCGAUUAUUCACUUCCCGAUGGACCCGUUGAUGGCAAAUUCUUGGGGGAAACUGCUACGUCAAUAUUUUUGGAAUUUAUCGACGGUUUUAUUGAUCAACUUUUAUAUCAAACAAAUUUAUAUAGUAUUCAAAGAGGACGUCCUUUGAAUAUAAAACGUUUUGAAAUUCUCAACUUCAUAGGUAUAAAUUUUUUAAUGGGAUACAACAAACUGCCAAGUUGGAAACAUUAUUGGGCAACAUCUGAUGAUCUAAAUGUUUCCUGUGUGUCAAAUACAAUGAGCCGUAAUCAAUUUGAUAAUAUUUUAUCAAAUCUUCAUAUUCAAGACAACUUAUUGAUCCCAAAAAAUAAUAAAGAUAAACUGUUCAAACUUAGGCCUUUGAUAAAUUUCUGUAAUGAAAUAUUUUCUACAUCUUACCACGGAACGAGGGAACUAAGUAUUGAUGAAUCGAUGAUUAUUUUUAAAGGUCGUAAUUGUAUGAAACAAUAUAAUCCUCAAAAACCUAUCAAACGCGGAUAUAAAAUAUGGUGUUUAUCUGACCAAAGGGGGUAUAUAAAAAACUUUAGUAUAUAUCAAGGUAAAGAUGAGCAAUUAUCUGAUGAAUUUGAGUCAUUUGGUUUGGAAAAAUUAAAAGCGGAAAAUUCACUAGCAUGUGGAACAAUCCGAUCAAACCGUAAAGAUGUCCCGGAUUUAGCUGAAGAUAAGAAAGCGCCUAGAGGUUCAUCAGAUUAUCGCAUUACAAACACUGGUAUUGGUGUUUACAAAUGGAAAGACACCAAGUAUGUUAUGUUAGCAUCAAAUUAUCAUGGUUCAGAAAUAACAACUGUUACAAGAAAGGAUAAUUGUGGUCGAAAAAAAGAUAUUCUAUGUCCACAAGUUGUACGUGAUUAUAAUUGUUAUAUGGGCAGUGUAGAUCAUGCUGAUCAACUUAGAACAACUUACGGUGUUAACAGAAAAUCAAAAAAGUGGUGGCACCGAAUAUUUUGGGGUUUAUUAGACAUUAUGUUUGUAAAUUCCUAUGUUGUAUACAAGCAAAUACAUGGAAGUAUUACUCUAUUGGAUUUUCGUCGUUCAGUCACACAAGGACUUUUGACUUUACGAGAACUUCCUAUAUCAAACAAAAGCCAAUCAACUUCAACACCAAAAAAUAAAGGUCCGGCAACAAAGAAGAGGAGAGGAAAAGAAUGGUCAGUAUCAAAAGAUAUUCGUUUAACCAAUCGAGGAAUUCAUUGGCCAAAAUUUGUUACUAAUCGAGGACGUUGUGAAGUUUGUGCUAUAAACGGAACUCAAUCAAGGCCAUAUUCAAAAUGCUCCCAUUGCAAUGUAUUUUUAUGCUGUAACGAUAAAAAAAAUUGUUUUGCGGACUAUCAUGAUAUAGAUUGUUCAUAA